CUGUGAAUGUGUGUGUAAAUCAGCAACACCCACAAGGCUAUGAGUGUAAUUCAAAAGGAAUAUUCAUAUUCCCUCCAUGAUCAUCCAUUCCCAGCUGGGCUUCAUUGUAACUCAGACAUUUACAGCAGCAGACAGAAGAAAAUGGUGUCUGAGACUCCCUUCAUCCCCUCUCCAACUCCCAAGUUCUGCAACUCCCUUGCUAACCGUAUUUUUUUGGAUGUUGCUGGGGAUAUCACAAUCGUGGUUGAUGGAGAGUCUUUUCUACUUCACAAGUUUCCCCUAGUGUCGCGAAGUGGGAAGAUUCGGAAAAUGGUGGCGGACGUCAAGGAUUCCAGCCUCUCAAAGCUGGAGUUCCUCAACCUACCGGGCGGACCGCGUGCCUUUGAGCUUGCCGCUAAAUUCUGUUACGGUAUGAACUUUGAGAUCAAUACUGGAAAUGUUGCUCAGCUCCGGUGUGCUGCAGAGUACCUGGAAAUGACUGAAGACUACCGGGAGGAGAACCUCAUCACCCGGGCAGAGACCUACCUGAAUGAGGUUGUGACUCAGAGCCUUGAGAAAUCGGUGGAAGUUCUAUCCUCCUGCGAGAUGCUGGCUCCUAUGGCGGAGGAGGUGGGGAUCCCAGACAAAUGUGUGGAUGCCAUUGCCUUGAAUGCCUGUAAGGAGCAGUUGGCAUCGGGUUUCUCUCGUUUGGAUUGUGAUGAUGGAUGUGCAGAGCUUAAGAGCGGCAGGCUGGAAUGGUGGGUCGAGGAUCUUUCAGUGUUGAAGAUUGAGUUUUACCAGAGAGUCAUCGCUGCAAUGGGGGGAGCAGGGGUUCAACCGGAUAGCAUUGUCGCGUCCUUGAUGCAUUAUGCUCAGGCAUCAUUGAAGGGAAUCGGGAAGCAGCAAAUCUGGCACCCAACGAGGAUGAAGCCGAGCCCUGGGAUGGUGGAGAACAGUCAAUGCGUCAUUGUGGAAACCCUAGUGAGUCUUUUACCGGCAGAGAAGAGCUCAUCGAUUCCCCUGAGUUUUCUGUUCGGGAUGCUGAGGAUGGCGAUCUUGGUGGGUGCCAAUGUGGCCUGCAGGCUUGAGCUGGAACGGAGGAUUGGCUUUCGGUUGGAGAUGGUUUCCCUUGAUGAUCUGCUGAUACCGUGUGUCCAGACCGGGGAUUCCCUGUUUGACGUCGACACUGUCCACCGGAUUCUGGUGAAUUUUCUGCAGCGGAUUGAAGAGGAAGAAAAUGAAGAGUACGGGUAUGAAUCUGAAGCCCUGGGCUCUCCGAGCCAGGGUUCUGUCUUAAAGGUUGGACGUCUCAUCGACUCAUAUUUAGCCGAAAUUGCUCCUGAUCCUUACUUGAAUCUACAGAAAUUCAUGGCAAUGUUAGAGAUACUACCUGAUUAUGCCCGUGUCAUUGACGACGGGCUGUACAGAGCUGUCGAUAUAUAUUUGAAGGCGCAUCCUAUGCUAACCGAGCAUGAAUGCAAGAAGCUCUGCAAGUUUAUAGACUGCAAGAAGCUCUCUCAGGAGGCAUGCAACCAUGCAGCACAGAAUGAUCGGCUGCCAGUUCAGAUGACAGUGAGGGUCCUCUACUUUGAGCAACUCCGGCUGAAGAGCUCCCUGUCAGGAAGUUCUGGAGACGGGUUCCUCUCGCAGAGAAUCAGCAGCGGUGUUCCCAGUGCUGCCAUGUCCCCUCGAGACAACUACGCUUCCCUGAGGAGGGAGAACCGGGAGCUGAAGCUUGAGAUCUCAAGAAUGCGGGUGAGGCUAAGUGAGUUGGAGAAGGAGCAGUUGUUCAUGAAGCAAGGGAUGAUUGAGAAAUCCGGGAAUGGGAAAACGUUCCUCACCUCCAUUUCAAAAGGGAUUGGGAGGAUUGGUAUUUUCAGCAGCCCAGCAGGAGGGAAGAGGAAAUCUGGGAGGAAGUCCCGUGUAACAGAGGGGAAAACCGGUAGGAGCCGAAGGCAUUCUGUUUCCUAGUUUCCAAGGUAAAAUUGAAAGAUUCCUAAACUAUAUUGACUUCAUGAAUCACAAGAAGGGCUCAGGGUUCAUGAUUCAGAGGAUUGAACCUAGAAUAUGACACAACCCUCAUGGGAUCUACCCAGAAGGUAUAAAUUUUGAAACCUAUCGGAAACUUGACAGCUACUGGUAUGGAAGCAACUUGGCACACCACACAUAAACCUUGAGCCUUAGCUCAGGCUCCUGAAUGGGGAUACAGAGACAAUCAACCUGGAUCAAGAGUCUGCCCAAAUGUAAGAUCAUUCUAUGUGUUCCCCAAAUUGAAGCUUGAAGAGUAGAAUUUCUAAUCUAUGAUUCAUUUUCAAUUUCGGAUUAGGUGCAGUUGUUACCAUCCAACAAUGUAGUGAUUUUGAGUUAAGACACUAAAAUCCAUUUGAUUAUCA